CGGACAAGGAGGAGAAGGAGGAGGAAGAGGAUGCUGCGCGCCUUGGUGGCGGUGUCCCUGUGGCUGCGGGUGAGCCCGCGGGCGCAGGGCGCGCCGUGCGAGGCGGUGCGCAUCCCCAUGUGCCGCUCCAUGCCCUGGAAUAUCACCCGCAUGCCCAACCACCUCCACCACAGCACCCAGGAAAACGCUGUCCUCGCUAUCGAACAGUACGAGGAGCUGGUCGCCACCGGCUGCAGCCCGGUCCUGUCCUUCUUCCUCUGCGCCAUGUACGCCCCCAUCUGCACCCUGGAGUUCCUCUACGACCCCAUCAAGCCGUGCCGCUCCGUCUGCCAGCGCGCCCGCGACGGCUGCGAGCCCAUCAUGCGCCGCUACAACCACAGCUGGCCCGAGAGCCUGGCUUGCGACGACCUCCCCGUCUACGACCGCGGCGUCUGCAUCUCCCCCGAGGCCAUCGUCACCGACGUGCCGGAGGAUGUGAAGUGGACGGACUUCACACAGGGCUUUAUGGUGCCGGACAGACCCCUGGAGCCUGACUGCAGGAGCCGUGGCCAGGAGCGGUGCAGGUGCAAAAAGACAAAGCCUACGCUGUCAACCUACUUGGCCAAGAACUACAGCUACAUCAUUCAUGCUAAAGUAAAAAGUGUAGAAAGAGGGAACUGCAACGAGAUAACCACUGUGGUUGAAGUCAAAGACAUACUCAAGUCUUCAACACCAAUUCCUCUGUCCCAAGUGCCUCUUCUUACAAAUUCCUCCUGCCAGUGCCCACCUCUUCAACCAAAGCAGGAUGUUCUCAUCAUGUGCUAUGAGUGGCGCUCAAGGUUGAUGCUCCUUGAUGGGUGUCUAGUUGAAAAAUGGAAGGACCAACUAAACAGAAGAUUUAAGCGGUGGGAACAGAGACUGCAAGAACAGAAACGGCGAACUGCGCGCAGCAAGAGCCAGAAUUCGGGACGCAGUGGUCAGAGUGGAGCCCUGAAACCGCAAACCAAGAACACCAACCCACUGAUCAGUGGCCCCAAAAAGGCCAUUAAAACAAGAAAUGGCCAGAAAGAAAUCAACCCCAAAAAAGUAUGAGUGUGAAAUUCCUGAAAGGAAGGACUUUCCCUGCACGGCAAGGGUCACAAUCUGGUUUGGUCAGCAUGUUUUAUUAAUCUGGAACUCAUCGACUUAAAGAAUUAUGUCAUUUUCUACAUAGACCUCUUUGCUGCACUUUACUGUUACAAGGUUUGCUUAUCCUUUUAAGUCACUGCAAGCCAUAGAGCAUAGGUUUGCACUAAUAUGAGGUAGGCAUAUUCCAGCUGACUGAGCUCUAUCUUUGGGCUCUGAUUUCCCAUCUAGACAGAACUAGCCUUGGCUGCCAGAGGUUUUUACUCCUUGUACCAGUGGCCUGGUCUGUUUCCCUGACAGAUGUUGGAGAGCUGCAUGGAGUUUCUCUCUCUCCUCAGCUGGUGUAGUAGCUGGUGAGUUAGUCUGUGAGUCAGCUGAGAGCUCAUUAGACCAGGCAGCUGAGGAGCAGCAGAAGGAUGGUAACCUCUGGCAGAUAUCUCAGGCAGCAAUGACUGCAGCUGCUGGAGCUGAACAUAUCUGCUAUUUGGAAUCACAGCCCUUGUUCAGAGUGUUCAAAAGCAUAGUUUACCAUUAAGCAUCUGGGUAUGCAUUAUGUGAUUAUUUUUAUGAGUGUGCCGAAAAUAUGCUUACAGUGAUAUUAUUUGAUCUUGUGGGUUUGUGUAGUAAAAAAUGCAUUCAAAGCAGACAUUUAAUUUUUUAAAUUGUACUUCAGGCUGGCUUCUGUUGUUCUAAUUUCAAAUAUAUUUAAACAUCUAAUUGAGAAAUCUGUAUUUUUUUGAAAGGACCGAUUAAAGUGAAGAGAUCUGUAGAAUUCUUAAAAGUAACACAUUUGCUGUAAUAUUGCUUUGCUAUGAAAACUGGAAUAGAAGCUUUAUUCUAAAGAUAACUGACAGCUACUGUACAGUAUUAAGGAGAAGAUAGGGCUUCAAGUGGCUCAGUAAUCAUUUGGAUAACUUUUUAUCAUUUGAUACAAUAUUUCUAACCUUUCUCUAAGAUCAAAUAAAUAAAUAA